AAUCUGAUAUGUUAGAUAGCCAAGAUGUAGAACUUGAAAUAUCAAAUUGUCAAGACAUAAACAUGAAACUAGAGAAAUAUGCUAUUGCCAAAGGCUAUGAAAUACAAAUUGGUAGUAGUGAAAGAGUAGAUAUAGAAAUUCAACAAGAUGCUCAUAAAAAGUUAACCUUUGGUAUAAAACCAGCAAAAAUUGUUUGA